AUGGGCAAUGAAGAGUCGUCCAUGGUGAGGGAUUCCACUCACCCUUCGGUGUUGGAAGCUCGCAACAUCGAAGCAGUGGCCAAAUAUAUCAAGAAGCACAAUGUCAAGAAAGUGGUGGUCAUGGUAGGAGCGGGCAUCAGCACUUCAGCAGGCAUCCCGGAUUUCCGGUCACCGGAGACGGGACUCUAUGCCAAUCUGGCCAUGCUGGACUUGGAAGAACCUGAAGAUGUAUUCGACAUUGGCUUCUUCAGGCAGAACCCGAAGCCGUUCUAUGCCCUGGCGCAUGAACUUUACCCUGGUCGCUAUCGGCCAACCAUUGCCCACACAUUCAUUAAACUACUGCACGACAAGGGACUCCUGUUGAAGCAUUUUACGCAGAAUAUCGAUUGUCUUGAGCGCCAGGCUGGUGUUCCCGGUGAUAAGAUCAUUGAAGCCCAUGGCAGCUUCGCGACACAGCACUGUAUUGACUGCAAGGUGCCUUAUCCAGAUGAUGAGAUGUAUGAAAUCGUUAAGAGCGGUAAGGUACCGCACUGCAAGGAGUGCGGCGGACUGGUCAAGCCCGACAUUGUUUUCUUCGGUGAAGCUCUUCCGGAGAGUUUCUUUUUGAAUCGCUCGCUGCCGGAAGAAGCGGAUUUAUGUAUUGUGAUGGGAACCAGCCUGUCUGUCCAGCCAUUUGCCAGUCUCCCAUCAAUGUGCAGUGAUGGUGUGCCCCGCGUGCUUAUCAACAUGGAUCGCGUUGGGAGCCUGGGAUCACGCCCGGACGAUGUCCUUCUACUGGGUGAUAUUGAUGUAGGUGUGAGGAAGUUUGCUACAGCUAUGGGCUGGGAUGAAGAACUGGAGGCUCUCUGGGAGGAGACCAAUCCGGAUCCCAAGUCGCGUGAGGCCGAGGAUGCCCCUCCACUGACUCGAGAUGAGCGGCUCCAGGAUGAGGUGGAUCGUCUCACCGAAGAAGUUGAGCGGUCGCUAGGGAUAACGAGUGCAUACGAGAAGCGUGUGCGAGAACGGCUAGGAGAAGCGAGUUCAAAUGAUGGGCUGGCGCAUGUGUUUCCGCACUUGGCGCGCCAAUCCCGGUAA